AUUACAAAAAUGUUGCAAAAUAUCCAACUCUCCAAACAAUAAUAUCUAGUUACGAUUGAAUCCUUAGUGAGAUCGAAGAAUAUUUGAAAGAAGCAAAGGAUAAGCCAAUUUCUAUGGCUCCAAGUUAUUAUAUUGCAGUUCCUAGAGCUAACGCCCAAGUUUAUGGUUUUCAUUUGAAUCAAAAUAAGCCCAACCCAAGAUGGACGGAGAAAUGCAGUGUAAUUAGAUGUUGUGAUAAAAGGGUCGGAGAAAAAGCAAGAGAAGAAAAGAAUUACUACGAGUUGCUGGGUGUUUCUGUUGACGCAAAUCUGCAAGAUAUCAAAGAGGCUUAUAGGAAGUUGCAGAAAAAGUACCAUCCUGAUAUUGCGGGCCAACAGGGUCAUGAAUAUACUCUGAUGCUCAAUAAGGCUUACAAAGUGCUGAUUAAAGAGGAUCUCAGGAAAGAUUAUGAUGCUUCAAUUGGUCAAAUGAGACUGCGCUUUGGUAGAAACGGCUUGGACUCUGCAGGUUACAGCUCCUGGAAUGGACCAUUGAGACCACAAGCUCUAUUUGUUGAUGAAAAUGCUUGCGUAGGGUGCAGAGAAUGUGUCCACCAUGCCGGUAACACAUUCGAAAUGGAUGAAGCUAUGGGAUGUGCACGAGUGAGAGUUCAAUAUGGCGACAGAGAAGAAAAACUCGAGGUUUCAGUUGAGUCAUGCCCUGUGAACUGCAUCCACUGGGUGAACAGGGAAGAGUUGGCAGUGCUUGAGUUUCUGACUCAACCUCAGCCAAAAAAAGGAUAUGGUGUAUUUGGAGGAGGCUGGGAAAGACCUGCAAAUGUUUUUAUGGCUGCAAAGGCAUUUAGCAAGCAGCAGCUCAAUCAGCAAUCUGAAGCUCAAUCAACUGUUGAAAAGGAAACGCCUGCUCAAGCUGAGGCUCGAGUUAAUGCUAGUAAGAAGCUCGAGAGGGAGAGGUUCUCCGGAGUCUGGAAUUUCUUCAAACAAGUUUUUCACCAAAACAUGUAGACACAGGAAGUAAAUUAUGCAAGCCAUGAAAAAAUGGCAAUGAUGAUGUGUCCUCAAGAAGCCCAAAAAUGUAAAUUGCGGACAGUUAAAAGGUCCUAAGAUUAAAUUUAUGUAAUCUAUUAAUCUUAUGAAGACAAUAGUGUACAGCUACCAUAUACAAUGAAUAGUAUAAUACAUGUAUAUUUUAAUA